UGGAGGCGUAGUGGAGGGGGAGAGAGAAACUCCAAACUCUCACACAAAGCUUUCUUCGUUUAUCUAUCGGUUCUUAAUCUUGAAAAGUUCCAAGCUUUUGAUCGGAGAGAGAAGGGGGGGAAUUCUAGAGAGAGAAAACUAGGGUUUUCCGACAAGAUUUGAUUUGGGUUUGUUGUUUGAUCUAUGAGAGAAGAUCGCUCGGAAAUGUCGGAGGACGAUGAGCGAUCUCUGCCGUUGGAUCUCAGCUCCGCCGCAAUCGCUGAGCCAUGUUCCUCUUCAUCCCCGUCGUCUUCUUCCUCCGCCAUCGGUGCUUCAAACAAGUCCCGGAACUGCAACUCCGCGUCUCCGGUGACUCCGCCGGUGUGCCUUGACCAUGUCCUAGAGAACGUCCUCGAGAACGUGCUCCAGUUCCUGACCUCGAGAUGCGACCGCAACGCCGCGUCAUUGGUGUGCAGAUCGUGGUUCCGGGUCGAGGCUUUGACGCGAUCCGAGGUCUUCAUCGGGAACUGCUACGCGCUGUCGCCGGCGAGGCUCACGCGCCGGUUUAAGCGCGUGAGGUCCCUGGUGCUCAAGGGGAAGCCAAGAUUUGCUGAUUUCAAUCUCAUGCCUCCGGGUUGGGGGGCUAACUUCGCGCCUUGGGUAGCCGCCAUGGCCAAAGCUUACCCUUGGCUUGAAAAGGUCCAUUUGAAGCGCAUGUUCGUGACAGACGACGAUCUGGCUCUCCUCGCUGAGGGGUUCCCUGGGUUCAAGGAGCUUUCUUUGGUAUGCUGUGAAGGGUUUGGGACCAGUGGCAUCGCCAUGGUUGCAAGCAAGUGCCGACAGCUAAGAGUUCUUGAUCUGAUCGAGUCGGAGGUUACAGACGAUGAGGUGGAUUGGAUUUCUUGUUUCCCGGAGGGAGAAAUCCAUCUGGAAUCUCUGACAUUUGAUUGUGUAGAAGCUCCUAUCAAUUUCGAAGCAUUGGAGAGGCUAGUCAUUAGGUCACCGUUCUUGAGGAAACUUAGAGUGAACAGGUUCGUCUCCAUAGAAGAGCUACACCGGCUGAUGGUUCGAGCCCCGCAGAUAACGAGCAUUGGGACAGGUUCAUUUAGCCCUGAUAAUAUGCCUGACCCUGAGCUGGAAACGGAUUACGCAUCUGCAUUCCGUGCUUGUAAAUCCAUCGUUUGUCUAUCGGGAUUCAGGGAGUUAAUGCCGGAGUAUCUACCUGCUAUUUACCCCGUGUGCGCUAAUCUCACCUCACUGAACUUCAGCUAUGCUAACAUUACUCCCGAGAUGCUUAAGCCCGUCAUACGCAAUUGCCACAAACUGCAGGUCUUCUGGACUCUUGACUCGAUAUGCGAUGAAGGACUACAAGCAGUUGCUGCAACGUGUAAGGAACUUCGCGAGCUUCGGGUUUUCCCUUUUGAUCCUCGGGAGGACAGCGAAGGUCCUGUCUCUGAAGUAGGUCUCCAAGCAAUCUCUGAAGGUUGUAGGAAGCUAGAAUCUAUCCUGUACUUUUGCCAGCGAAUGACGAAUGCCGCCGUCAUAGCCAUGUCUGAGAAUUGCCCCGAGCUGAUUGUUUUCAGGCUUUGUAUAAUGGGUCGCCACAGGCCUGACCAUGUGACUGGAAAGCCAAUGGACGAGGGAUUUGGUGCCAUUGUUAAAAACUGCAAGAAGUUAACCCGAUUGGCCGUGUCAGGUUUAUUGACGGAUCGGGCUUUCAGCUACAUGGGAGAAUAUGGGAAAACCAUUCGCACACUGUCUGUAGCAUUUGCAGGGGACAGUGACAUGGCUCUGAGAUACGUCCUUGAGGGUUGUCCGAAACUGCAGAAGCUUGAAAUCAGGGAUAGCCCAUUUGGGGAUACCGCCCUUCGUGCUGGUAUGCAUCGCUAUUACAACAUGAGGUUCGUUUGGAUGUCAGCUUGUACCAUAUCCCGGCAAUGUUGCGGGGAGAUUGCCCAUGUGAUGCCUAAUCUCGUGGUGGAAGUGAUUGAGUCAGAGGAUGAGGAAAACAGCGAUUUUGUUGAGACGUUGUACAUGUACAGGUCCCUUGAUGGCCCGAGGAAGGAUGCCCCGAAAUUUGUCACCAUUUUAUAGAGGAUCUCUCUCCAAGUGCAUCGAGGGCAAGAAAAGGUUUAGAUACCUCACAUUCUCCGAGACACCCUCCUCAAACGGGGGCCUUGGCAAUUGUAACUUGACAUUGAAGUGAACGGCGGUUUCCGAUAGCAAAAGCCAGGAUAUGAUCAUGGUGGCAUUUCAUUUGCUCGGUCUAGUUUUUUCGUGAAAACGCUCUCUGCUUCAUCGGAAGAUGCAUGUCUCAGUCUCAGUAAGUCCAUCAAACAAAAAACUCCAUGAUUGUUGUAUCAUUUAGUUCUCUGUUUCUUUUCUUUCGAUUUGGAUAUUCGUUAUCUAUUACCAACAAAAGGGAAGGCGGUCGGGUCGGAGGAGAAGAAGAAGAGAGCAAAUGCCUGACCAGGAGGAGGAGGAACAAAACAUUAGAACAAGUAAACACAGAUGUCUUGUUUGUUUCCCCUUAGGACCAGCUUAGUUAGACAAUGUGAGACUGUCUGAAAAUUUUCCCCCUUUGAGGAAUUUUAUUUCUUUCUUUUUUUCUUCACUUAUCAGCCUUAUGUUUCCAAUAAGCAGAACCUCUUUUUCUUCUCUGAGUUUUAGUUUUCUUCAUCUCUAGCUGGCGAGAACCAAUGAGGCACAUCUCUCUCUUUUUCUGCAUUCUUCUUUUCGCAUUGCUUCUGUAUACUUAUCAAUGCUACCAAUUUGAAAACUUUGCAAUAA